AUGUUUUCCCUAAUGCGAUACAGUCAGUGGCAACAUUGUUGCAGGCGUGCACUGAGCAUGCUGCGAAACCAAGCCUACGUUGGUGGCGAAUGGCGAAAUGCCGGUAGCGGCGAGACAUUUGAGGUGCUGAAUCCCUUCGACGGUUCGGUAGUCGGCAGAGUCCCGGACAUGAGCGAGUCGGACGUGAAGCUUGCUGUGGAUACAGCGCAGCGAGCCUUCACCGUGGGGGAGUUCAGCAACACGACGGCGAAGGAACGGAGCGACUUGCUGCGUGGGUGGUAUAACCUGAUGGUGAAGCAUGCGGAGGACCUAGCGCAGAUAAUGACCAUGGAGAGCGGCAAGUCCCUCGCGGAGUCGCGGGGCGAGGUAAAGUACGGUAAUUCGUUCGUAGAGUGGUUUGCUGAGGAAGCACGUCGCGUCAAUGGUGAGGUGAUCCAAUCGCCAGUGCGCGGUAGAGAGGUCCUAUUGCUCAAGCAGCCUGUUGGUGUUGCGGCUCUCAUCACUCCGUGGAACUUUCCGCAUGCUAUGAUCACCCGAAAGGCUGGAGCAGCAUUGGCUGUUGGUUGUACUUGUGUCGUCAAGCCUUCUGAAGAGACUCCGCUGACCGCUCUGGCGCUCGCUAAUCUGGCAGAACAGGCUGGGUUUCCAGCUGGCGUCUUCAACGUUGUCACAACCAGUCCCAAGAACUCUGCGGCUGUUGGGAAGCUCUUGUGCGAGGAUGCGAGGGUCAGGGUGAUGUCUUUCACAGGCUCAACAGCUGUUGGGAAGAUCCUCUACAGACAGUGCGCAUCGACAAUUAAACGGCUAAGUCUUGAGCUCGGGGGAAACGCUCCAUUCGUUGUCUUUGAAUCAGCUGACAUUGACCUCGCUGUUGCUGGUGCAAUGGCCAGCAAAUUUCGCAACACAGGACAGACUUGCGUUUCUGCUAACAGGUUCUUUGUUCAUGAGAAUGUGCAUACUGAAUUUGUCGAUAAAUUUGUUUCUAAAAUUAACUCUGAUAUCAAGAUGGGCGAUGGAAGUCGAGAAGGGAUUACCAAUGGCCCACUGAUCAAAGAGUCACAACUCAAGAUGGUCUCUGACCUGGUCAAUGAUGCCCUUACAAAAGGAGCGAAGCUCCACUGUGGAGGCAAGCCUUUACCUGAAUUAGGCCCUCUUUUCUACGGCCCAACUGUCCUUACGCGUGUCACCAAAGAAAUGCAAAUUUACAACAAAGAAAUUUUUGGCCCUGUCGCUGUUAUAAACAAAUUUUCAAGCGAGGAAGAAGUUCUUAGGGAGGCAAAUAAUACACCUGUCGGUCUUGCAGGGUAUUUUUACUCCAAGGAUAUAUCACAGGUUUUCAGAGUCGCAAGGAAACUGGAAGUAGGCAUGGUUGGGGUAAACGAAGGGCUUAUUUCGUGUACAGAAGCUGCAUUUGGUGGCAUCAAGGAAUCUGGACUGGGAAGAGAGGGUUCUCACCAUGGGAUCGACGACUUUGUAGAUGUAAAGUACGUCUGCAUAGGAAACGUUGCCUAUCAGUCAUGAAACUUAUCUUAAGCACCUUGUGAGCAUUCCUCAAUGAGUCCAGACACUAGGAGAACGCGACACAUUCACAUACUUAAUUCGAUGUCAAUUUGCAAUAUCUACAAAAAAGAUCGAUCUCAGGGCUAGAGCUUUCAAGAAAGACAGAAAAAAAAGAACAAGAAAAAAUGUCAGUCUUUGGAAGGCAAGCUUUCGAUGAUUUUAUUCUUAGACAAUAAGACAGAGUUAAUGAUUUUUUAUUUUCUGGCUUUCUUUGAUCGAUUUAUAGGUGCGUGAUUAUAAAUGUCCGAAGUCUUCCAUUUUAAUAAAAAUUUUCUAGUUAGUAUGCUGCUUAUAUUUCUCAUUAAAGUUACGAAAUAAUGGUUGUUAUAGAAUGUAAUAUCAUUUCUUAUUGCAUGAAUCUUGACAAUGUCAUACAUUGGACUCCUAAUGAUUGGAGAAUAUAUAACACAGGUACAGAACAGGGUGGCCAAUCAAUGAAAUUCGUAAUUCAUCUUUAUUCUUCCAUGCCUUGCAGAACCAAAAUUGCAUUUCUUCUUCCCCAGGCUAUUUUACCAUGAAAUUUGUCACCUAAAUUAUAAA